AUGAGCAUUAACGUACAGCUCCAUGACGCCAUGGUGCCAUAUCUCGUGUCUCCGUACGAGCAUUUCUUCUUCUUGAUCCACCACGUGACGCUUACGGUCGAAAGUGGCAAUGGCUAUCCGGGUCAAGGAGGGUGUUUCUAUGGCGGUAAAGGACGUUGUUACGUCUCACAAUACCGUCUUGUGUUUGUAUCGGACAGAGCUCGGGAAAACAGCGCGUAUCAGUCUUUCUCCCUGCCAUUUUAUGGCAUCCGUGACUGGCACUUCAAUGUGAGCUUUUUUGGUGCAAAGGGUUGGAAGGGUCAUGUCAAUCGCGUUCCAGGUGGAGGACUGAUCGGUGUUGGCACAUUUACCAUGGGGUUUUUGAGUUUCGGUUUUGAAGAGUUUCGCAACCACGUACUUCCGUUGUUGGAGAAUUCAAGAGCCUUGCACCAUCAGUUUGGCAAUCUAACGAUUCCAUCGGUGAUGCUAGUACCAGGGAGGCAAGAUGGGGGGGGACUCACGGAGACUCGCGUAUUACUCCAUUGA